AUCCUCCCACAAGAUAUUUUCCUUUCCAUCUUCCCAAAUCAUUGGUAUUAAUUUUCACAAACUAACUCUCUCACAUCCCAUCAUGAACAGAUAACAAACAGAGAAAUACGCUCCCAGAGGCUUCAUACAGUUGCAUGAACUCAAGCAAUGGCUGCAGUCACCAAGCUCCAAAUCUCUCCAUACAGCUUACAGCCCCGGACCCACCACAGAGCCGCCCGGUGGCCUCCGCGUCGGCCGCAAUUUGUUUCUUUUAGCGGCCGCCGUGGAGUUUAUCUCCGGCCGUGCAGGUCAUUCAUGUCUGGAGAUGGAGGUGAAUUGGAGGAGCAAGAGAAGGAAAGUGUGCGAAAAGGCGGGAAUUUGAAGGAAAAUAGAGUGGAGGCCAAGGAGGGAUCGGGAAUUCUGAGUUUCGCCAAGUCCGUGUUUGUUAGGGUUUCCGGUUCGUUCCCGCGGACGGAGGAGGAGCACCGUAUUGCGGUGGCCAAGUUGGAGGAGAUUUUCUCCUCGAUUGCUGUGCAAAUUGGAAGAUAUAUCGUGACCAUGAUGAGCACCGGAGUGAUACUAGCAAUUGGAUUUCAGCUGUCAGAAUUUUGUGAAGGUGGAGACAGCCAGAUGAAUGCUUUGAUUUGGUAUAGCUGGCUUGGAGGAAUUAUUAUUGGAACUAUGAUAGGUGCUAACUUGGUUCUAGAGGAACACUGUCGAGCUGGUCCCCGUAAUGUUGUCAUAACUGGAAGUACAAGGGGACUGGGGAAAGCUCUUGCCAGGGAGUUCCUUCUUUCUGGAGAUCGUGUCAUUGUUGCUUCCCGCAGCCCUGAGUCUGUACAUGCAACUGUCAGGGAGCUUGAGGAGAAUCUAAAGGAGGGUAUGGUCACUGCGGGUGGCCCAUCUAAGACAAAUUUGGAGCGUGCAAAAGUGGUAGGCAUAGCAUGUGAUGUUUGUGAACCUGAUGAUGUGCAAAAAUUGGCAAACUUUGCUGUCAGUGAAUUUGGAUCCAUUAACAUUUGGAUAAACAAUGCUGGCAUGAAUAAAGGUUUUAGACCCUUGCUACAGUUUACUGAUGAAGAUAUUAAACAGAUCGUUUCAACAAACCUGGUUGGAUCUUUACUUUGCACUCAAGAAGCCAUUCGAGUGAUGAGAAGCCAGGGUAAUGGGGGUCAUAUUUUCAAUAUGGACGGUGCAGGCUCUGGAGGAUCUAGCACCCCUUUGACAGCUGUCUAUGGAUCCACAAAGUGUGGUCUUAGGCAGCUUCAAGGAUCACUCUUGAAGGAGUGCAAGCGAUCCAAUGUUGGAGUGCAUACGGCAUCUCCAGGCAUGGUCCUUACAGAUUUGCUUCUAAGUGGCUCCACCAUUCAGAAUAAACAAAUGUUUAACAUUAUCUGUGAGCUUCCUGAAACAGUCGCUAGAACUUUAGUUCCACGGAUGCGGGUUGUAAAGGGAACUGGGAAGGCUAUCAAUUACUUGACCCCUCCUAGGAUUCUACUUGCUUUGAUCACUGUCUGGCUGCGACAAGGUCGCUGGUUUGACGAGCAGGGAAGAGCACUAUAUGCAGCAGAGGCAGACCGAAUCCGCAACUGGGCUGAAAACCGCACACGGUUCUCUUUCACAGAUGCAAUGGAGAUGUACACUGAGAACACUUGGGUGUCUGUCUUCUCACUUUCUGUUGUUUGUGCCUUCAUCAUCCUUUCUAGCACAGGAAGCUCAUUUCCUGGCACCUGACCCUUCACAUCUCACUUGCCACUAGAAAUCAUCAAACUCCAAAUCCAUCUGGCCAUUGCACUUACUGAAGGAAGCCAACCGAAAUAUCCAAAACUACAAAGUUAACAGAAAGGUACAACACAAAUGGGUGAUAGUUUUUCUCCCCCAAGUCCCUUACACCUACCUCCAACUAUUACUAGGUGCAAAAUUGUUUUAGAUCAGGGCCAGAUGUUUAACCCACCUAUGUACUGGACUGGAUUCUGUGAUGGGCUCUGUGGGUUCUGUAUAGACCACCCAAAACAUUAUUUAUUAUAUCAAGAAGUAUUCUUCCAUUUCUUUUUA